AUGGACCCGUACUACAACUUAAGAGUCAGGCUUCGUCCUGGAAGAACAGUGCCCGCCGAUGGGGCCUGCGGAGGGCAGUGCUGUGGGAGCUGCCCUUCUCUGCCCCCUAUCAUCAUACCAGGCAUGGGCAGCGUUGAGAUCUGCACCACCCAAGAGGACGACUGCUUGCCCACCGAUGGAGGGAUGGGAUACUCAGAAGCCCAAGCCAUGGAUGAGUUUCCAGCCCAGCAGAAAGGGGACAGACUGCCCUUUCAGAUCUUCCCAGACCCGGUGGAAGUUGUUUUGAGCACUGAAGGCACUCUGACCUGUUCUCCGCAGGGGAAGGAGCGCCUGCCGUCCAUUGUGGUGGAGCCCACCGAUGUGAGCGAGGUGGAGAGUGGAGAGCUGCGCUGGCCGCCAGAAGACAUGGACUUUGAUGAAGAUGAAGAUCUAUUCUUGGAGCAGUGCAUCCCACCUGCAAACAUCGCAGACUGGGGGGAAGACGAGGAGGAGAGCUCUGUUAUUGAAAACCACCAGCAGUCCGCUUCCCUGUUAGAUCUCAAAUCGGAUGACUUCAGGGACGACACCCCGACUCUACCUCCAGAAAGCGCUUCAGCUCUGAACUGA